AAGUCUUGUGCAACAAGGAAAACGCUCUUUGGAGGGAGCCACAUCGGUCUACGCGCCCAACCAAUCUCCACCCUCCACCCCCCCAAUCCAACGCCUCUCAUCGCUUCUCUUUUUUCCCUCUUUUCUUCUUUUCCUUUCCCCUUAGCGGUUUUAAUCAUAAACCCUAGCCGAAACAGUGAACCCACUCCCUCACUCUCUCUCAUCUUAGCGCGCGCUCUUUUCUCUUCUCUCUUCCCCCACAGAUCUCGCUCAGACCGAUUCACUUCCCAAAUUUUCCCCUUUUCUUUCCUUCUACCUUCUACCUUCUACCUUCAAGCUUCGAUUUUUCUUCACUCCUUUUAUACCCAUCUUUCUGUUUUAUUUUUAAUUUACAAAAUCGGACACGAUCGUGUUCGAUUUUCUUCACGCCAUGGCCUUUCCCUCUCCUUAGCACAGCCAGGAUCACGUGACUGUGUUUAUUCUCCGCCAAGAAAAAAAAAACACAAAAAAUUCCGGUUUGGUUGGGUUGGGUUGGGUUCGAUUUUAUUUAUAGGAAAACCGUACGGCAAUGCCGGCGGCGGGGAUGCGACGAACGACGAGAGUGUUUGGCAUGAAGGGGGCCGACUCGGCCCGCGUUUUGCGCUCGGGGCGGCGUUUGUGGCCGGAAUCGGGUGAGGUCAAGCCCAAGCGAACCAACGAUGGGGACGAGUGGCCCUCGAAGACCGCGAAGUUGGAUUCCGCGGCUUCGCCCCGCGGCGCCGCCGCGAAGGGGAGGCGCGAGGUGGCUGACGCGCCCGCCGCCAGGAGGGGUCAGAGGAGGUUUGGCAUUGUGUAUGAGAGGCGGCGGAAGGGGUUGACGAAGGAAGGUUCUAGAAGGAAGGAGGAAGUUCCGCGUUGCGAGCUUUCGGUUGUCGUGAGUCGUUGCGCCGGCGAGAGUGGUCGGUUUUUGAGGUUGUUGGCUUCGGUGAUGAGAUACGUUGCCAGGGUUCGCGUUUCGCCCAGGAGGCUGUUGGGGUUCUUUAUGUCGGUGGCAGUUCACGGUGCUUUUGCCUCGCGGGGGAUGCUCUUCGUGAAGGGUCCUCCUACUGUAAACAUUGGAACAUGUCAGUUCUUUGGGAUCACAGAGUUUGUGCCUUCGUUUUCUGUGGACUUUUCUGCUGUUCCUCCUUGUUUUGAGUACCUGCAUUCUGCGAUGUUCUUAAAAUCUAUGUUUAGGUCAUUUUUUCUUGUAAAUAAUCCAAUAAAUGUGGAUAGUGAUGUUGAGGAUAUCGAGUCAGAUGAUGAUUUCCCAAAAUACCAGAAUAAACAGCAGAUUUUAAGCAUUACCUUGGACAGAGAACCUUCGGAGACUGGAACUGUUACAUCUGAUGUUAUUGAAAUCAAUGAUGGUUUAUCCUUACAUUCCUCUGUGAAGACUACCAGGGUAUCUUCUCGGAAUGGACAAUAUAGGAACAUGUUGAACUCUAGAGGCAUUCAGAAGAGGAGAAGUUCACUCAGGAAAAGGAAAGCUCGAAAUCCUUCAACAGUGAGUUUACGCAGAAAUGGAGCAAUAGCUUCUGAUUUAACAGGUGGAAGGAAAAGCAAUAGCCAGUUGUCUGGUGUGACCUCUAGCAAGAAACUUGGGAGUAUGGAUAAUGGUAGCACAACUGGGAGCAGGAAAGAGACAAGUUCUUCCUUAGUAAAUUAUAAAGAAAAAGAUUCGUCUUCUUGUUAUGUAAACUUAUUGGUUUCAGAGAUAGACCGAUGCUACAGGGUAGAGGGAGCAAUUGUUACUUUAGAGAUGUCUGCUCCAAGAGAAUGGUUUCUGAUUGUAAAGAAAGAUGGAUUAACAAGAUGCACAUUCAAAGCAGAAAAAGUUAUGCGUCCCAGCACGUCCAAUCGAUUCAACCAUGCGACAGUGUAUUCAUUAGACAAUGGGUGGAAGUUGGAGUUUGCCAAUCGCCAAGACUGGAAUGUCUUUAAAGACCUUUAUAAGAAGUGUUCUGAUCAUAAUAUACCUGUUACUGCUGCCAAAUUUAUCCCAGUUCCAGGUGUGCGGGUGGUCCCUUCCUAUGCAGAAAGUAAUAAUUUUUCCUUUCACAGACCAGAAACAUACAUAUCUGCCAUUGGUGAUGAGUUAACUAGAGCAAUGACAAGGACAACUGCAAAUUAUGACAUGGAUUCUGAAGACGAGGAAUGGCUGAAAAAGUACAAUAAUGAGUUUCCAGAACAUGUGUCAGAGGAUAAUUUUGAGUUAAUUAUUGAUGCUUUGGAGAAGGUUUAUUAUUGUAACCCAGAUGAUUUGUUUGAUGAAAAAUCUGCGGCCAAUGGUUGUCAGCAUCUUGGUAGCAAGGAAGCCGUUGAAGCUGUAUAUAACUAUUGGAUGAGAAAAAGAAAGCAAAAACGAUCUGUGCUGCUAAGGGUUUUCCAGGGUCAUCCAUCAAAGAGAGCUCCACUUAUUCCCAAGCCCUUGCUGCGAAAAAGGAGGUCAUUUAAGAGACAACCAAGUCAGUUUGGUAGAGGCAAUCAGCCAAGUAUGUUGAAAGCUUUUGCAGCUGAACAAGAUGCCAUGGAAGAAAAUGCAAUGCUUAGGAUUGAGGAAGCCAAGGCCAAUGCAAACAUGUCCAUGGAAUUAGCCAUAGAAAAACGCAAAAGGGCUCAAUCUCUUGCUCAGAAUGCAGAUUUGGCCACCUACAAGGCCACAAUGUUAAUUAGAAUAGCUGAAGCAGCUCUGGCUGCAGAAUCAGUAGAUAACGCGGCAGCAUAUUUUCUUGAUUGAGAUGGUUAGAUCAAUUCCGAUGCUAAUGAUCACCACAAAUUUUAUUACAGGAUGGGUCAUAGUAGAUUUGCUGCUGUGCUUUUAUUGUAAACACUGUACAGAUUUUUUUGGUUGUAUGUAUAAUAACUUGGAUUUAAAUGAAGACCUCACAGCAAUCUUUUGUACGAGUAGAUUGGUCAAUCUCCUUGGAAGAAAGAAAACUGAAAAAUGGAAAUGAAAAAAGAAAUACAGGAUUUGUAAGUCUCA